GCAGGUCAAGAUGGAUUAUAAGAGAGUGGAGAAAGAUACGCAUACUCCUGACGGAAAUUAUAAAAGUGGGCCCAGUACUUGUGAAGGGGGUCAGUCGUUGAAUAGUGUCGCGGACGAAGACUUCGCUUUAGGGGACUAAAAUUCCAGUGUGAAACAAAAAAUAAAGAAAAAAAAAUGGGUGGCGUCGAAUGGGCAACCGAGGAAGAUGAUUACGAGUGUCCAUUGUCAAAGGAGACACAAAAAAUGGCCAAAGAUGAACUUCGCGAGGACAAAAACACAAGGGAUCAGGCUUUGGAGCAAAUUAGAAACUGGGUAAAACUUAAUCCAAGGAUUGAAAAUUCCCGAAUGGAUGGUCGAUUUUUCCUAAGAUUUCUGCGAUGCAAAAAAUUUAACGUACCCAUGAGCCAAGAGGCAAUUGAAAGGUAUCUUUUAUUACGUCAAGUUUAUCAUCCAGCAUUUAAUCAUUUGGACAUUACUGAACCAACAAUGGAAGAAUUACUUUCUCUCGGAUAUCUUUUCGCGGUUCCUGGUCGAGAUGUUAAGGGCCGUCGUGUGAUUGUCGCUAGACCCGGAGUAUUUGAUCCGUAUAAAUAUUCAAAUGCCGACAUGUGUAAAAUUCACGGGAUCACUUAUGAAUCGCUGAUGGAAGAUGAGGAAAGUCAGGUCCGUGGCUUCGUUCAUUUCGCAGAUGGUGCAGGUGUCAGCUUUCCUCAUUUAACUCUCUUCACUCCAAAAGAAGCAGUUCGUAUCGUCAAAAAUGGCGAACGAACCGUCCCAAUGAGACACAAAGAAGUUCACGCAAUUAAUGCUCAUCCUUCGCUCAAGUUUGCCUUGGAUUUUGGAAUGUCUCUGAUUUCCGAAAAGAUUAAAAGUCGAGUUAAAAUUUACACUAGCCUUGAAGAUGCGAAAAAUAAUAAAAUGGACACUAGUAUGCUACCAAAAGAAUACGGUGGUACCAUGCCAAUGAAAGAAAUGAUUGAUCUAUGGCGAAAGGAAUUGCUUGCAAUUCGACCAAUGCUUCUCAAUAACGAUAAGAUGCGAGUGCGCAUGGAAUUAUAUUCGGAAAAGGCAAGAGAAGGUGCAGUGUCAGCUUUAAAACAAGGAAUGAAUUGUUUCUCCGCAUCAUCCAAUGGAGAUCCAACAAUUCACGGAAUUAGUGGCUCAUUCCGAAAAUUAGAAGUUGAUUAAUGUUUCAAAAAAAAAGAAACAUCUAAUUUAUAAAAUAUCAUAUUAAAAUGUAAGAUAAUGAUCUAUUCAUGAUCAAAUCAUCUUUAGAUAUAAAUAAGAUCAUCUUUUCCUACAUUCCCAUUAAAAAUGAUUAUCCUUUUUUUAUACAUUCACUUAUAUACUAUUUUCUUUAAAAAAAUAAGAAAAUUCUAUUUUUCAUAUAAUCGCACCUUGUAGUUCAAGUUUGUACAGUGUGUUUUAUCAAAAUAAAUAUAUAUAUAAAUAUUUUUAGAUUAAAUAUAA